GUCAGUAAAUUAUCCAUUUCCAGAUUGCUGUCAGUCUGCUCCCAACAGGCAUUGACCGAGUUCAUACCAAUAGAGGACUCAUGUAAUGACGAUAACCGUACCGCCAUCCGCUACGUCAAAACCGACCCGUUCGACAGGAAAGGAGAAGAAAAUAAAGAAUUUCUUUGAACACGGCAAGGAUGCAUUGGAAUUAGCCACCUUGAUAGCUGCGACCGAGGAGAAAAAGCAGUUGAGCAGAGCAGAGCGGCAUCACCGGCCACAGGCUGGUCAACCAAAGCCAAAGCAAACCGAUCAUAAGAUCAGUUCAAAGGAUAAACUGAAGGAGAUGAAAACAAUUAUCGCCGCACAGCGAGCACAGUCUAAAAAGGAGAAGGUUAAACUACGGAAAGAGAAACACAAAACAUGUCAGGAUAAUUCCGGUACAAGUCACACGGGCGCAUCCAAUAACGCCAAAGGGCCAGGUCUCCGAAAGAAAGUUUCCUUUGCUUAGGCUUUAGUAUGUUCUGAGUCCUGUGAUCAAUAUCGAGUGCCGUCACAUUUCGUUAACUGUAUACCGAAUGUCCCUGGGAGCGCGGAGUGCUGUCAAAGUCAUGAUUCGCUGAAGCAGUGACAGCUGCUAUAUUGCUCCUUGUUGAUCAUGCUCACCAAAAGGCUGACAUUGUGAAGUGUCAUGGAGACGUAGUAUGUUCGUAACUGGGUGCAAUUGUGAGCUAUUUCUCGCG